AUGAUGGCGCUGCGCCGGGUGGCCGGGCCCAGCCGCUGGCUGGGGCGGGCGCUCGCGGCUCCGGGGGCGGCCCGGGCCCCGCCGGUCGCCUCCGCCGCCUCGGCCCUGGUCCCAGCCUGGAACUGGGUCCGCUGCCCGGCGGGGCCCCGGCCGCUCGGGUCCGCCGCCCGCUUCGCCAGCACACAGGGGCGUGGGCCAGAGGCCGAGGGGCCGCGGCGGCGGGUGGUGGUGGUGCGGAUCACCAGCCCGCUGGCCUGGCUGCGCACCCGCUGUUACUACCUGCUCAUCCGCCUCUACUUUGACCCCGAAUUCAGCGUCGAGGAGUUCACGCGGGGCGCCAAGCAGGCCUUUUCUGUUGUUUCACAGCUGCUGUCUCAGCGUAAACUUGAUCUGCUAGAUGGACUUGUGUCAGCAGAGGUACUUCAGGUGCUGAAUGAAAAGAUUUCCUUACUCUCUGACAACCACAGGGAUGCUUUAGCAGCUGACAUUGAUGCAAUCAUGUACACGACAGAAGGAGAUAUUCGCAUUUACUACGAUGAUGAUGGCAGAAAGUUUGUUAGUAUCCUGAUGCGUUUCUGGUAUCUGAAUGGAGCUAACCUACCUGAUGAAGUACCAGGUGAAACCAAAGUUUUCCAAAUUGUGUUUGGAGAUGAAAGCACAAAAGAAAAAAGGCAUCUUUUAACAGCGAACUAUGAGUUCCAAAGGGAAUUUACAGAAGGAGCAAAACCGGACUGGACAAUUACACGGAUUGAGCAUCCAAGGCUAUUAGAAUAAAUACCUUCUACAGUGUCUUUACAUUAUGACCAUUAUUAAUUAUAAAUAUUCUGAUUUAACAAA